AUGUCCACAACACACGAGCUAGCUAACAGUCCAAGUUAUCAGCGAGCUUCCUGUCGAGGAGUUGGUGGGCGGCUCCAUGCAGCAACUGCUGCUGCUGCUGCUCAAAAUGGGGAAGCUCCUUGGAGUUUCCCGUCAGGUGGUGGGCAGCUCCACGCAGCAACUGCUGCUGCUGCACAAAAUGGGGAAGCUCUUUGGAGUUUCCCAUUGAACAGGUGGUGGGCGGCUCCAAGGGGUUGCACAACAGCCCACCAUGCCUAG